AUGAGCGAGUAUGGGAACGUCGUUUAUCGACUUGGCGAUGAAGAUUCCUGGGAGAUCUACAAAGAGACGAUAGAAGAGUGGAAAGUAGAGAAAGGCUUCUUAUGGACCCAUCUGACAUUCAUCGCCCUCGACCCAACAAGCUCUGAUCAGUUCAUCGCAAUACGAAAAGACGGGACAUGGGCCGGAUCGAUUGACGAUAUCAACGAGGACGCACUAGAAAGCUUUGCGCUGAAUUUCUUUGCUCGGGCGAAAACCAAACACAAAGCGAAGCCCAGUGCUAGUCAGCCGAAUGGAUUCUCAUCAAACAAUGCGCUUUCCAACUCCGCCGAUGGAAAGCCAGAUGCAGCAACCCAGGCCCUGUACGAGAAGUGGUCCAAGGAGACAGCAACUAUGUUUGCAGCAGCAUCUGUCGCCAUUGGAGGUUCUAAACCAAAGACACCGCGAAAGAUUCAGCCAGUCGUCCAAUUCAAGCUCGCGACCGGGAUUACAUUCGACCUUGUCAUCGCACGGAAAGCUUCUCAGUACAUUUCCCUACAUCCCCAACGCUUUGACAGUCUGUGCAUUGCCAUCGUGCACCGUCCUAAAGUCGGAUUCGGAUAG